AUGGCUACUUCCCAAGUGUCCGCAUCGUUGGCUGCUGGCGGCGACGGCGACGGACCAUCAUCAACAGCGCCCCCGAGUUCCGCUUCAUCUUCAUCCGCCGCUCCCGCGGUAGCCCCCCCGACAGCCAAUGCCAUACCUUCCAACUCCGCCACUCCCCAAGCCGAUGCGACCAGCACCCUUCCGACUCGCGACAAGGCGGCCCUGGAUAGAGCCAUCGUUGAACGCUUCCAGACCCACGAUUGGAUUCAUUCCGCGGCCCUCAAAGAAGCUCAGAUCCGACUCGAGAAGGACACCAAAGAUAUGCUUUCACGCGCCAGUGACUACCGCCAAUACCGCGAUUUCUAUGCUGCCUUCCCUGCCCGACUCUACGGAGAGGGCUAUCGUGGCUACGGCAACGGCUACACCGAAAAUGGCGGCACGACAAAAAUCAUAUACCCAAUGCAAAAACCACGCCCCGGGAGGAGGGCCACGCCCGCCCUAAAGUUUGCCAAGAAAGAUAUGAAGAAGCAGGCCGAGCAGCACGAGGAGCUGGUGCCCGUCCGGAUAGACGUCGACUGGGAUAAGAUCAAGCUGCGCGACACCUUCACCUUUAACCUCCACGAGCGACUCGUAUCCGUCGAGCUUUUUGCGGCUCAGUUAAUCGAGGAUAUGGGCUUGAACCCGGGUGUUGACAAGCCUGUGUAUGACCAGGUUGUGCAGCAAAUACACGAGCAGCUGAAUGAUUUUUACCCCUUCGCUUAUUCCGAGGAAGACGCUCUUGACCCAGAACUUCCGUACUUGGCCUACAAAAACGACGAGAUGCGCAUCCUGGUCAAACUUAAUAUUACGAUCGGAGCCCAUACGCUAGUCGACCAGUUUGAAUGGGAUGUCAACAAUCCUAUGAAUACACCCGAGGACUUCGCCACCAGCAUGGCGCGCGACUUUCGCAGCUUUUCACCCGCAGCUUGUACAGCGUUGGUCAUCCUUUUCGACGGCCGCCCGAUCGAGGACGCGGACCUCGUAGCUGCGUUCCUCCCGACCCCCCUACCCUCCGUUUUCAGGCCGCAGCAACAAGCGAAAGACUACGCGCUCUAUUUGUACGAGAACACGGAGGCCGAGCUCGAGAGGACCGAGACCAUGUUCUCGCGCGAGCAACGUAGACAGAAGCGCUCGAUCAACCGGCGCGGCGGCCCUCAGUUGCCCGACCUCAAAGAGCGCCAGAGGACGAUACGGACAUCCAUUGUUUCCUCGGUAUUGCCCGGUGCUGCGACGAACGUCGAGGAUAGUCGCCUCUACAAGCGGGCGAUGGGCGGUGGUUUGACGGGCAGAGGCAAACGGGCAGCUCGUGACGGCGACCUGUCUGACUCCGAUGAUAGCGACGACUCCGCCCCCGACUCACCCGCCAUGUCGCAGCUCCAGGGGACCGCGAGGACUAGAGGGAUGCGCGGUGCUGCUAGCGCAGCCGCUCAGCGCAUGGCAAACCUGGGGCGCUCCGAAACUCCCGAAGCCAUCAUUCACCAUCACGAAACACGCACAUCCCGCCGUGUCGGCCGUGAAGCCACCCGAGAACAGACCGAAGAACCCCAACAAUACAUCGUCACCCUUCACGUCAACCCCUCGAAACUACGGAAGCUCAUGCGCGAUCUCCGGGCUAGACAAACACCACACUCAUCCGCCACGCCCACACUCGCCCACCAACGAGCCCCAAGCGCUACCACCCCAGGCCCCAUGGGGCCCCCGUCCGCCACCUCUACAAGUAACCAGCACCUUCCGCCCAGGCCUAACAACGUACUAUCACUUCAGAACCAAAUAGGCCGUGUUCCCGCUCCGCCACCCGGGCCUAACGGCGCCAACCCGGACCCACCUCCGCCGCCACCAGACUGGCUGUCCGCCGCGCUAGCCGCGCUGCUCAAGACCUACCCAGCCGACUCCUUCGAGGCCAUGAUGCGCUACUGCGCCAUCAACACCGACACCAACUCCUUCGUCUCGCCCCUCACCGCCGUGCCCCCCGGCGAGCCCCAGCCCGCCAACAUCCAGUUCGCCUGGCUGCCGCGCAUCAGGUGCCGCGACUGCCCCGGCAAAUCUUACACCGCCGGCCCCGACACCACCGUCCAGAACUUUGAAGUCCACCUCAAGAACCGCGCCCACCGCGAGCGCGUGCUCGCCAGGCUUGGGAAGGCGGCUGUUCCUCAUCAGGAGUCGGGGGCGUGA